CUUGCAUUCACUGCAAGGAUCUGCAAAUGCUAUACCAUGACUUUCGUUAGCAUGCUUCAACAUAAUAGAUGUAUUGUAUCUCAUAAGGAAAGUAGAGAUAAUGGCUGGGAUUAGCAACAUUGUGGUUGCUAGUUUGAAUUUUCUGGCUCUGCUAUGGUCCCUCUUUAUCAUUGUGGGAUCCUCCUACUUGCUUGUGGGAGGCUAUCCGGAAUGCAUGGGUUCGCCGGUGACGCAGCUCGUGUUCGGGAUCCUGGUGUUCGUGCUGUCGGUGGUGGCCAUGAUAGGUGCCAUUCGGAACCACAAGCUUUUUUUAGCCAUUUAUGUGUGGUCUUUGGUUGGUUGGAUGGUUGUGAACGUCUCGUACGCCACGUUGUCGUUCGUGUCGUCGACCACGGUGUCAAUGGCGAUCAAAGAACACACGGAAUAUAAGCUCAACGAGUACCCUGCAUGGCUCAGAACAUAUGGAGUGUAUGGCAAGAAUUGGAAUUCGGUCAAGGAAUGUAUGGUUCAAGGCAAAUUAUGUUAUAAGAUCAACUUCCUUGAUAAGGAGCAAGUUGAAUAUUUAAAAACUUACCCUCUUUUGUAUGGUUGUUGUCAGCCUCCUCCUGCAUGUGGUUUGGUGUACAAGAACGGGUCGGCUUGGGUGGUUCCGAGAUCGGGGAUUCGAAGUAGAGACAGGGACUGCAAAUUAUGGAGCAACGAUGAGAAGAAACAGUGCUAUGACUGCAACUCAUGCAAGGCGGCGAACAUAGUGACGUACCAGACUAUUUGGACAUAUAAUGCCAUCUCCAACGUCUUGUUCUCUAUAGUCCUUGCCAUUGUGCUCACCAUCAGUUGUUGUGCUUACAGAAAAGCUGAGAGGGACAGUUUGGAACCGCCAAAGACCCAACCUUGAAAUUUCUUUUUUGGUUCAUUAAUGAUCACAAACUUUGUUUUUUGGAUCCAAAAAAAGGGUAUUUAACUUGUUUUAGUGUGCUUGUCACAAAUGUCUGUUUAUACAAAAUUUGAGGAUAGUUUUAGGAUUAGCUCAACUUGUAGUUUGUCUCCAUUGAUGAUAGUGAAUUUUUGAUUAUACUGAAA